AUGCACCACGUCUAUCCGCCCGAUGAAGACACCUUCCUUUUGGAAGACGCCAUUAUGAAAGACUUGGCUGCCCAUUCUACCCCGCCUAAAAUCAUUGUUGAAGUCGGUUCAGGCUCUGGUUAUAUAUCCCGUGUACUUGCCCAGCACUUUCCCACCUCUUUUGUUCUGGCUACUGAUAUUAACCCCUACGCUACUACGCAAACCCAAACCACUCUCCUUCCCUACUCCAAUGCAAGCGCUCUCCGCACCAGCAUCAUUGCCGGGAUUAAACCAUCCAUUGAUUUGGCUAUUUUCAAUCCUCCCUAUCUUCCUAGCGAACCCCACCACCUGACUGGUGCCUGGAUUGAUCGUAGUUGGGCCGGUGGUGUUCAUGGCCUCGAAGUAACGCAACAAUUUCUCCUCCACACUGCCCACGUCCCCAUCAGAUACCUGCUUCUCUGUAGCCUCAACAACCCACAACAACUAGCCGAUACUCUCUCCACCCAAUACCAUGUCACCCUUCUUGUCGCUAAAAAGGUCCUUAGUGAAACCUUAGUUGUCCUCAAAAUAGAAUCUAAGUCGUGA